AUGCUAACGAAUAAAAUAGACACUCCAUUCAGGAUUCAUGUCGAUCAGGGCAUAUCUAUGCAUGCUUUACAAACGAAAUAUUCAAAUAUUAAAGCACUGGACGACCCCAGAGCUAUUUUACAGAGGUAUAGAAAAAAUUCGAACAAUACCUAUAACAAACAGGGUAACACUAACGCUAACACCAACACUAACGCUAACACUAACACUAGCACCACUCAUAAAAACGCAACCCAGAAUAAUCAGUUUGCUAGUAAUAAUAACAAUACCAAACAGAAUCAGGGUGGCCGGCCAAACACCAAUAAUAACGCCGGCCCACCUCAGAGUGACCAAGUCAACCAACAGUCGUAUAAUAGGUCACAACCCACCCAAAACCCAAAUUUUAAACCUAACUAUAACAACAAGGGUAACAGCUCAAAACAGACAAGAAUGUCUCAUAUGAGCGUUGACACUCAAAAGAAUGAUCCCACACCCAUGGAGAUUGGGACUUUAGAAGAAAAUCAGGCAGAAGAAGAAGAGAAAGAACAGUCCGAUAGUGAUAAUGAUUCAGAUUUUGUUUGCGCACAAAAUAUUCCAAGUGGUUCAAACGGUCGGAGCAUAGAAACAAGUCACGAUAUUGGAUGUGAAAAUUUAAGUGAAACUUCAAGUACACCAGGUUCGGCGAUAAACAGAGAAUUGGUUGGUGUCAGUAAAAUUCUCUUUAGUGAAAAAUUUUUCAAAAUUGUGGAGACGGCUUAA